AUGGACACCAAUAACGACCAACCUCCGAGCUCAGACUCCGGGCAUCGAACCACCAUUCCUAUCGCGCAAAUAAACCCGGACAUCAAUCGUUUAUCGGAAAGCUCCAUUCGCGCUACUGUGACUCUGGUGUGGCCCUAUUCGUCCUCGACCAAAGCGUUCAGUUUCCUGUUGGCAGAGCCCGAUUUCCGUCUCCGACGCUCAAACGGACAAGUCAAAGUGGUGUUUCAUGGACUAGUGGCAGAGAAGGUCGCGGAGACGCGUGUUGGAAUUGGCGACGAGCUUGUGCUUAGUCUAGCAGGGUCCAGGUUGGAUAAGAAUGAAACUGCGACUCAGACACCAGGCCGUUAUGUAACUUGGGAUGUGCACUUUGAUGAUCGCGUGCACCUUGAGAUUUCUCGUUCUUCGAGUCAUUACGCAACCGUGAAAGUUGACUCCCCCGUUGAACUCGCGCCGCGCAUCGAAGAACCCGCACCUCCUGUUACACCUGUGCCCAGCAGAAUACGACCCGAGGAACCCGUCGUGACUGGCGGUUUGGGGUCUUGGACGUCUCCAGCCUUUUCCCAGCGUUCCCGCGCGUCGUUCGGUGUUGAUUCGAGACUUGAUCCUUUCGCAGAAGAUGAUGGGUUUAUUCCGGGGAAAGGCAGAAAACGUCCCAGGUUUAGCAUGCGAAGCAGCGAGUGGCGCCUCAUUGAUGAACCUGCAAGUCCUGAUGAGAAGGGUAGCCCGGUAGAUUGGACACAGGAACUUGAGGAUGAAAUUGAGUCAGAGUCAGAGCCGGAACAGCCGGAGCCGGAAUCGGAGGUUGACAAGGAAGGGACAGCCGCAAUUGUCGGAACGCCUCAAGAAACGCCAAUCAAAACAGUUCUCUCACCAACCGCAGAGGCAAUUCCUACCACGACUACAUCAAUAACUGUUGAUCGACCAACUCCUGAACCUACCACCGAUGUGGAACAACCAGUCCAGCAAUAUGCGGCUAGAGCUGCAGAAGUUCGGCGUGAAGCUUACGAGAAGGAAUUCCAUGUCAAUGGCCUACACGUUCCAAUGGAUACUCCACGUUUGCUUCCCAUCCCAUCUCCUGGUCUUCCGGUACCAUCUCCACUUGUGUCUGCAGAUAAUCGACAAGGCUACUUCUCGUCGGCAUCUGCUAUUAUUGCGCAAACUUCAGCACCCCAGCAAAGUACAAUAGCGACACAGCACGAGUCGACAAGGGUCGAAGACGCUGCUGAAAUGCGGACAGAGGUCACACAAACAGAAACAAUUGGAACAUCUGUUGCUCAGACAACACAUGAAAGUACCCAAAUAUCUCACUAUGUGACUGCUCCCGAGGGGCCAAUCACCACCAAGCCAGGGGAUUCAAUAGCAGAAGAUGAGGUUCAACUUGAUGAAGGACAUGAAACGGUCGCUACACAUGUCUAUCAAGAUGAACCAUCUUCAUCUCCCAAUAUGGAGGCUCCCGUAGAGGAAGAGCCCUAUAUUGAGCACAUUGCAAUCCAACAGCCGGAAGAUGUUCAAAUGGAGGAUGCACAACAAGUAUUGGCUGAUGAACAACACGAAAGUGAGGAGGAAGACGACGAGGAUUCCCAAGAAGAGGAGUCAGAUGAAGAGAGCGGCAUUGAAGAAAUAGAGGAUGAAAGCGAAAACGAAGGUGAAGACGACGAGGAAGAGGAAGAGGGUGAGGAAAAGGAUCUUGCCGAUCAAGCUGUCGACAUGCAGAGUCGUGAGAUGCAUAUUGAACAGUAUGCAACAGAUGGCACGGAAGGUCCCGAUAAAACCGCCCAAUCGCAAGCAAAAGCCUAUAGCGACUUAAAGGGCCAACGUCAUCAUGUCGAAGAGGAUGAAGAGGAUAUUGAGGACGAGAUUGAGGAUGAAGAAGACGAAGAGAUGGAUGACGAAGAGGCAUCUGAAGGGGAUUAUGAAUCUGAAAAUGUGUAUGAGGAUGAUGAAGACGUUGAGUCAGAGUCAGAGUCCGACGGGCAAUAUCAAGCUCGGCCUCCACAAAAGAGCACUCAACCAGAAAUCAUUGUUCUGGAUAGUGAUGACGAAGACGAACAGCCCGAUGCGAGUUUCCAAGCACAGACGCGCGCACCUCCCACCACACAAGGACAGCCUGCUACUAAUCAAGAACAGUCUAUUGAUGAAAGCCACACAAAGAGAGAGGAGGACGAUUGGACUUCUGAUGCUCAGGAACAAAUAGAAGGUGACCACGAAGUCAUGGCUGAGGGAGAAUAUGACGAUGAAAGAAGCCAUUACAUUGAGGAGGGUGACUCCGGCGAAGAUGAAGAAGCACUGGCUGAGGUUGAAUCAGCGAGGGAUGAUGAGCAGUGCCUUCAUGUUGAGGACGACGACGACGAUGCAAUGAGAGAUAAAGAAUGGCCUGAUCAAAUUGAAAUUGUUGAACGGACACGCCGGAUCGAAAAUGAGCAAGUAGCAGAGCUGGCCAGUGGUCAACAAGAGCAAGGCAGCCUAGCAGAGAACAAGGACGAACAGUACGAACAGGAGCGUGAUGAGCAGGGAGGUGAAGCCACAACUUCAGCGGAAUAUGAAAUAGCGACACGUCCUAACGUCGGCAAACAACCACCCGCUGGAAAACACCAUGGGGAGACACACGUCACAGAAGAGCUUCUGCAGCAUUCCGAACAGGAUCUUCAUGAACAUCCUCCUACGCAUACCCCUCAAGAAACAACCCCUGAAGCUGCUUCCCAUCAAUCUGAAACCAUCCGAGAUGAUGCCGGUUCGAACGGAAGGCAGGAGGAAGUCCAGGACACUGGUGAAGUCAGGAUCGAAGGAACUUCGACAAUAGCAGAGUUGGACCAGGAUAAGGACUCAGGAUUGUGGUACGACGGCGCCAGAUCACCACGAAUUGGACAUUACACCACGACUAUUACUGCUAAAACCCUUGAAACCUCUGAUCUUUCGCUCCACGACCGACAAGCGGAUGAUACUGUGGAAACCGAAUAUAGUCAUCAAAUUUCCGUGGACCACUCUGAAAACGAGAAAGCUAUCACAUCCCAGGAAGAUGCGCCAUCGCACGAACAAGCUGAGAUUUUUGCUGAAGGUGACGAGGCGAUGGUCGAAGCGCCUGACGUUCCAGAAGCGAAUAACGUACUGCCAACAACAGAGCAAGGACCCAGAUCUCGCUCCGCUUCAAUCUCCGAGCAUGAAUGGGCUGAAGCCAACGAAUACAGAGUGGACGAAGAUGUUCGAGCGCAGGAAGGGCAAGAACCUAGAUCUCCUUCCGCUUCAAUCUCCCAACACGAGUGGGUCGAAGCCAACGAAUACGCAGCGGAUGAAGCGCAGGAGGCCGCAGACAAAGAAACAUCUCUUCAGAUACAGCUGCAAGACGAAACUCGUAUUCGCGAAUCAAUUGAAGAAUUAGAUAGCUAUACCCAGCGCCCAAGCCCAGAUCGUCGCUAUCCCGGGCUUCGCAGCAAACAUGCCUACUACGUGCCUCUUGCCAGUCUGAUCGACCACUUUGAUGCCCCAGUCGAUACAAUUUCCGUCGUAUCCGAGACGUCUCCCAUAAUCCACUCCGCGUCCGGGAAGAAAGACUACUCACUGACAUUGUACCUCACCGACCCUUCCAUGGUCGGCACCACACUCACUACGCAGAUUUUCCGUCCUUACCUCGAAGCCCUUCCCUCCCUAUCCGACGGCGACGUCAUCCUCCUCCGCAAUUUUAAAGUUAAAAGCUUCAAUCACCACAUGAUGCUUGUCUCCGUCGAUACUAGCGCAUGGGCCGUUUUCAGCCCUUCCCAAGACGAGGCACAGAUGACCGGCCCAUCAGCCGAAUAUGAUGACGAAGAGCGCACUCACGUAUCCUACCUCCGCAGUUGGUACCAGUCAGAUGGUGCAGCAAUGGUUGCGGAUAACCAGCUACAAGCAUCUAUCGUUGAAGCCAGCAGAGAGAUAACGCCUAUGAGUAGUGUUGCGGCUAGUGAUACAGCUAGUCUUGAUGAUUUUCCGGGCCGUGAUGGGCGUCGUGACUCGACUCGGAGGGAUCGGCGCGGGAGGAGAUCCUAUCGGAGAAUUACUAUUCAUGAGUUGAGGGAUGGGAGGAGAUAUACUGAAAUUGGGUCGCCGUCGGACCCGGAGAGUAUUCAUGAGCUCAGGGAUGGGACUGUUUAUGCUCAUCUUUAG